AUGGUUAGGCCGUUCAGGUUCCAAGCUGCGUGGUUAGCUCACGAUGAUUUUGCGCGGGUGCUGGAGGAGUCUUGGAGUCGGUCGACUGUUAUCCCGGUCUCCCUUGCUCGUCUUACGGAAGCCUUGAAGAUUUGGAAUAAGCAAGUCUUUGGUAAUAUUUUCCGCAGGAAGAGAACUCUCACAUUGAAGCUUCGUAAACUGGAGGUUGAGAAUGAGGGUAACAGCUCGGCCCGGUCUCGUGCUCUGGAGGAGUCCGUUCGUCGAGACUUGGAGAAAACUCUCUGGGAGGAACAGCUGCUUUGGUUGCAAAAGUCUCGGGCAUGCUGGAUCAAUGAAGGUGAUCGUAAUAUAAGGUUCUUCCACCUAUCUACUCUCAAGAGAAGGCGGUUUAACAAGAUUGUGGCUCUGAAGAACGAGGAUGGUGUCUGGGUAACGGACGAAUUCACUCUUCAAAGCCUGGCAAGGGGUUUCUAUGUCGAGCUUUACCAAGUUGAGGCAGGUGCUGCCGCGUCCCUCCCGGCGCUCUUUGAGAAGCUGGAUGCUGUGGCGGGUAGGGAUCUGGAUCGGGGACUCACCAGUAUUGAAGUGCGGCAGGCUGUAAUGGAUAUGGGUAGCCUCAAAGCACCUGGGAAGGAUGGAUAUCAACCUGUGUUAUUUCAGAGAUGUUGGAGCACUAUUGGAGAGGCUUUCUCCCAAUUUGUUGAGGGGUGUUUCCUUGAUCCGGUGCAGAUUCGGUUAAUUAAUGAGACACUCCUAGUUUUAAUCCCGAAGAGGGAGAGCCCGGAGUCCAUCAAGCAGUUCAGACCUAUCGGAUUGUGUAAUGUGGUCUACAAGGUGCUUGCUAAGUGUCUAGUGAACCGGAUCAAGCCUUACAUGCGACGACUGGUCCACCCCAUGCAGACUAGCUUUGUUCCGGGGAGGCAUAUUACGGACAACAUUAUUAUUGUUCAGGAGUCCCUUUAA